GGUGCGCGCUCCAAGCCGAGAGCCGACUCGGGGGCGCGUUCCUCCCUUCCGGCUCGCGCUCGGCCUGCGCAGACGCAAGGCCGGAAGAUGGCGGCGGCUGGAGGAUCUCGUUUGAGGCGGGCGGCGUCGGCCCUGCUGCUGCGGAGCCCCCGCCUGCCUGCCCGGGAACUGUCGGCUCCGGCCCGGCUCUAUCACAAGAAGGUUGUUGAUCAUUAUGAAAAUCCUAGAAACGUGGGGUCCCUUGACAAGACAUCAAAAAAUGUUGGAACUGGAUUGGUGGGGGCUCCAGCAUGUGGUGAUGUAAUGAAAUUGCAGAUUCAAGUGGAUGAAAAGGGGAAGAUUGUGGACGCCAGGUUUAAGACGUUUGGCUGUGGGUCUGCUAUUGCCUCCAGCUCGUUAGCCACUGAAUGGGUAAAAGGGAAGACGGUGGAGGAAGCCUUGACCAUCAAGAACACGGACAUCGCCAAGGAGCUCUGUCUUCCCCCCGUGAAACUGCACUGCUCCAUGCUGGCCGAAGAUGCAAUCAGGGCUGCCCUAGCGGAUUACAGACUGAAACAAGAACCCAAGAAAGGAGAGGCGGAGAAGCAGUGAGCCCUCAGCAAAGCAUCCAGCAGGUCAGACCUGCUGUCUGUCCACCUGCCGCGCAAUCACUACAGAUGUUCAAAAGCCCCCCACGCUAUAGUAAAGGAGCUCUGAGACACGCAUAGCACUUGCUGGUUACCUGGGGGCUGCCAUGCAAGCAAAAUAUACAGUUUACUCAUUCCAAGUCCUGUGCUUUCUUUCAGCCCACUCUUAGCGCUUUAACCCUGUUUAUAUUUUGAUUUGUAUGCUUGGCCUCAAAACUGAAAUUAGUCACGAAGGCUCAAGUGCGGUAGUCCACGAAGUGCACAAAUAUCUAAUUUCACCUAAAACUACCUUGGGGAAGAUUACCAAUAGAAGGCCGCGGUAUGAUUAUUUGAUAGAACCAAUUAUUGUACAUAAAACAGAUUUGCGUAUAUAUAUAAAAUAAAAGAACGUAAGACCAUGUUUUUCUCUGAUAAGCAUUGUCUCUUG